CACUGACACAUCUCGACGUCAGGAGAGAGUGACGUCAGGAUGCGCGGGGGACGUGCGCGGCGCCACGAAAACAAACAAAAUGAAGGCUCAGGACAGUAAGGCGUUAUGGGCUCCGCAGACAGAAAAACCUAUACAUUAUACAUAUUUGAAAGAGUUCCGAGUGGAGCAGUGCACCCUCUUCCUGCAACACAAGUGCACGCAGCACCGCCCAUACACGUGUUUCCAUUGGCACUUUUUAAACCAGCGGCGAAGAAGACCCAUUAGGAGAAGAGAUGGCACGUUAAAUUACUCGGCGGACACUUAUUGUAACAAAUUUGACGAGAACACGGGCAUCUGUCCUGACGGGGAUGAGUGUCCAUAUUUACAUCGCACAGCUGGUGACACAGAGCGCCGGUAUCACCUGAGGUACUACAAGACCGGGAUGUGUGUGCAUGACACUGACUCUCGGGGCAUGUGUGUCAAGAAUGGGCCACACUGUGCCUUUGCCCAUGGCGUGGAGGACGUCAGGUGGGUCUCCUGCGCGGGGCAUGUGGGUGGUGCUGGAACAACUACUUUCACCAUCCUCCCCAGGCCUCCAGUGUAUGACAUUCGGGAGCUACAAGCACUGGAGCUGAUGGACCAUGAAGGACUAAAUGGUAGUGGCCCCAACAAUCUAGACAAGGAGCGGAAUAUGGUGAAUGAUGACCCUAAAUGGCAGGAUACUAGUUAUGUUUUAGCAAAUUACAAAACAGAGCAGUGUAAAAGGCCCCCUAGGUUAUGUCGGCAAGGAUAUGCUUGUCCCCAAUACCACAACUCUAGGGAUAGAAGAAGAUCUCCAAAAAAGUGUAAAUAUAGGUCUACAGCAUGUCCCAAUGUUAAGCAUGGAGACGAGUGGGGGGAACCAGGCAAUUGUGACAACGGAGAUGCCUGUCAGUACUGCCACACCCGCACUGAGCAGCAGUUCCACCCAGAGAUUUACAAGUCUACCAAAUGCAACGAUAUCCAGCAGAAUGGCUAUUGUCCCAGAGGAGCCUUCUGUGCCUUUGCCCAUCUAGACCAGGAGAUGACAUUAGUGAGAGAGACAGCUGCCAGUGAGAAUUGCAUAGGAACAAGUUUAGCAGAUAUUUUACAGUCCGCUCUGCCAGACACUCCACCUCCUCCAGGCACCAGUACCUCAUCCUCCACCAAUACCACCAUUGCCCAAACCACCAAGGCAUCCAAUUGCUCAGGGCCAUGUAACAACGACUCAGUAUUUGGCAAUGGCCCAAGUCAUUCUCAGCCCCUAGCACCUAUUGGCAGCAAGCCACGCCACUUUAGCGGCAACACCCUGCAGGGGGCGCCAACAGACUCACUGGGUCUGAGUGGCACCCUUGGAGGAGGAGUCCUAGGAUCCUACCACAAAGCACCAGGAUCAGAAAGGGAAGACCGGGAAUCCCAGUUCAAGAAGCAGCUGGCAGCCAUUGAAAAUGAUCCUACACUGGAUAUCCAGGAGAAGAACAAGCGCAGGCAGGGUCUCUUCAUGCCUAAUGUGCUACCUGGCAACCAUCAGCAUCCAUCAGUCAGCCUCUCCAUCAGCUUACCUUCCUCCUCCUAUGUCUCCUCUCUGCCUUCCAGCCUCUCAUCCACUGUGUCACCCCUUGCUCCACCAUUCUAUCCCACCAGUGACACUGUGGAGUCUGUAGUGGGAAGUGCCCUGGAAGACUUAAACUUGGAUGAACCUCUCAACAUUGCUGCUUCUUUAGACAGGGAACUAGAAAAUGAAAGCAAUUCACUAAAUAAUUCUAUAUCAUCAAGCUUUGCUAACUCAGGUCUACUUGGAUCCAGUGCCCCAGUCAACAUUCCUGGAUCAAGCUUUCAGGAGCGGUCAGGUGGCCUUAUCACCAAUCCCUCCCCCUCUACUUCUUCCCCAGCCUUUACACACUCAUUCUUCCAGUCCUCACUACAUCGAGAAAAUUCUUUAGACCAGGGAACAGCAGCAUUCCUUGGAGCAAAUGGUGUAAGCAAGAUGAGCGGAGGUGGCCUCUUUGACUUGUCAUCGAACAUGUCCCCACAUAAUCGCAACCACCUAGCCAAUCCUCUCUCCCAGUCUCCUUUGGUUGCUCCAUUCAAUGCAGCAAAUAACUCUGGCCCAUCAGAAAUCCAGCGCCUGAGGGAAGAACUUGUCACCAAUAGAGCUAAGCUUGCUUCAUGGGAGGAGGGCAUUGCACAGGCCCGCACUGCCUGUGAAGCCUGGAGGAAAGAAGCAGAUGAGGCCACCAGGAAGCACAAACUGGCUGAGCAGACCAAAGAGGAGUACGUGGCCAAGAUUGCAGCACAACAGAAGGAAAUUGAGGACUUGCGUGCUGGGCGCUUAGGACCAUAUGUGCAAGCUCUCCAUCCUCACACAGAACUUGAGAAACUGCCGCUUCACACACUUAAAGCACUCCAAAGUCAACUUAGGCAAGAUUUAGACACUGUAGAUAAAGUAAUAAAUAAUUAUGGAAACAAGAGUGAACAAUGGCCAGGGAAUAGCAAUGCGUGGAUCUGCAUUGAAAGGUGUUGUUCAGGCUGUCAAACAAGUGAGUGAAAAGACUGCAAGAGUGCCUGCCUGGGGGGGUACAUCUUCAACAGUACAGCUGAAGGUGAUUGUGGCAUAAGAAACAACUUUACCUCACCCGUGAUUGUAUGCAAACAUGUUACUAUUUUAAUGUAAUUUUUUAUUGCUCUGUGCAUUGGUUAAAACAUCAUGAUUUUCUUUCUCAAAUGCAAAUCGCUGAUAUUCUGUGUUAAUUUAAUUUUUACUUGGUAUUUUUAAUUUGCGAUUGGUCUUUUGAAGAAACUUAUAGUGGCAUAUGAUGCUUUUCAUAGUGUCAUAGGGAACAGGUUAUAUAUGUAUAUGUUUAGAUAUUUGUUAUUUAUACUUGUAGGUAGUUAUUUUAUGUUAGGUGAAUUACCUGUUUUGUUCCCUCUGAACAGCUGAGGACAAAGACUGCUCAGAAAGUCUGUCCAGAAAUGAUGCUCUACACAAGGUUCUGUGGCCACAGUGGUUGGCCAUAUGUAUUAUGGUGUCAGUUCUGGUGUCCAGGUCUCAGUUGGCCUCUAGGUUUUUUUUAAAUAUCUAUUUUUGCACAAAUGUGAGACUACUGUAAUAUGCUAAGUUGAGAGCUGGAAUUCCAUUUUCUACAUCAAAGAAGUGUAAAAUUUGAAUGGUAUAGUUAUGGUAACCACGUGAAAGGUAAAGUGAUUGUGUUUUAAGAAAUAAAAAUAAACUUUUUUUAGCUGGCUAAAAUAUAUUUUAAUAUAUUUAGAACUGAUAAAUUCACUUGGUGAGUCAGUAUACCUGCUCUAACAAUGGCAACCAAUAAAUUACUAUACAUCUUU